GGGGUGGGGUUUUUUUUUUUUUUUUUUUUUGCUCCGAUUCUCUGCGCCCCUUCUGUGGGGCAACCAAAGCAACAACGGGUAGGACAGACCCCCCUCCCCUCCCGCUUUUGCAAGCAGAGCGUGCCUCAAAUAUGCGAGUAGGGGAUCCACGCAGGAUCUCCUCUCGCACGGAAACUACUCGCAUGAUAAUAACGAAGUCGUACCAACUGUUUGGAGAACCAUUCAUUUAUUUCCCCCCCCCCCAGGGCGCGCGCGCACACACACACAUACAAAUCCCGAACGCCCAAUGAGCCCGUGACUUUGCGGAGAAUGUCCCGUAGCUUUCUCCACCUCCACCCCACCUUCCGUUUUAUAACCCCACCCUCGUUUAUCUUGCGCGCCCUCUUCCCUCUCCCUCCCUUCGAGAGGCGGGAAUCUAAAAGGCGUCGAGCCUAUAAAGGCAGCCCCAAAGCCGCCAAGCUGAGAGUCUCCACUUGGAUACGCGUCUCCGCCUUCCUCCCGCAGGUUGCCUCGUCGGGCUCGCCUUUACGAAGAUGCUCGCCCUGCGUGGCCGCGGAGCCUGCCGGGCGUGGGCGGCCGUGGCGGUGGCGCUCUGCUUCCCCACCUGGUUUGGAACCGCCGCCGGCGGCCUCCCUUUCAAUUCGAACGGACUGGGCUCGAACUCCAUCAAGAACCCGCUCUCCGGCGGCUCCUCGCUUAGCGGAGGGAGCGGGGCAAUGUACGACGGCAGCAAUAAAAGCCGUGCCGGCGAUUCACAGAAGGUAGGUCAGUUGGGCGGGGAGGGGGCUGGUCAGGGCAAGGUGAGACACCGUGGCUUGCGUCUCACCUAUUCCUCCGCUUCUGCCCUCUCGCAGCUUGCCUUGUGCGCCGCGGACGAGGAUUGCAACGCCGAAGAGUUUUGCUCCACCACUGCCCGAGGGGGCGUCUCCGGAGGAGGAGGAGGAGGGGGACUGGUUUGUCUGACCUGCCGCAAACGCCGCAAGCGCUGCUUCCGCGACGCCAUGUGCUGUUCGGGCAACUUUUGCAACAACGGUAUGUGUGUAGAAUUUGACCACUUUCAUCCUGGAAGGUUUGAAAUCAUCACAGAAAAUUUUGACCAUGGUACUUUGGACUCCCAUCUGAAAAGGACCACGACGUCAUCCCAAAUGUAUCACAUAAAAGGCCAAGGAGCUGUAUGUCUCCGUUCCUCAGACUGCACUGAAGGACUCUGUUGCGCCCGUCACUUCUGGUCCAAGAUUUGCAAACCUGUCCUUAAGGAAGGUCAGGUGUGUACAAAGCACCACAAAAAAGGCUCUCAUGGUUUGGAACUCUUCCAGCGGUGUUACUGUGGGGACGGACUGACUUGUCAGCUGCAAAAAGAUCACACUCUCAGCAAUUCUUCACGACUACAUACUUGCCAGAGACAUUAGCAGUGUUUGCUUUCUCCUAAUCCUGAUGGACUCAGAGGGACUUUAAUUAGUGUGGGAUGCUCUCGUUACUGAAAAUACCUUGAAAGACUGACUUUUUUUUCAGAGUGUACCCUAAAGUACUCUGGCAUUUUCCCCUCUGCAAAUGGAGUACAAGGCAUGUUUCUUUCAGAAACUAUUUUUCAAGUGACUAAUUGCAGUAAAUUACUGUGUCUGUAAAUUCUUGGGUGUGGCACUUAACUGUACACUGUAUGGAAUUUUAAUUUUUCCCAAAGUGCUACAUGGUGUCUAUUCUGACAUGCGUUAUACACACUGGUUUUAUUAUAUUGAACAUAAAAAUUGUUUGGCAAGUUUAAUAAAAUCUUUUAAAUAUG